AUAUAUGUUAUCUAGCUAGGAACUAAUCCAGUCGACAAUGUAGCUAAUGUUAUAGUACACAUAAUACUAGAUAUGUAACGUUAUAUCGACAGGAUGCCAGCUAGCGGAAUGCAUGCCAACCUGUAACUAUGGUUGUUAUAGUGCCACAAUAACGACGUAGCUAGCAAGCUAGUAUCUCUCUUAAACAAUGGCUUUGCUAACGGUAGCUGAGGUUCUUUAGCAUGUUAGCGUUUGUGGCUACAGUAGCAUUCAUAUGAAGCCCGUUAGCUUGCCAGAUCAGAGUUAGAAAGUUCCAUAACUACGGAAGAGAUGUCAGGAAUAAGUGCGGUGAGCUCGGCGUUGCCAGCGGCUACAACCCGUACCACCUCCUUCAAGGGCUCCUGCCCCAGCUCGAAGUAUGUGAAGCUGAAUGUGGGCGGGGUGCUCUACUACACCACCAUGCAGACCCUUACCAAGCAGGACACCAUGCUCAAGGCCAUGUUCAGUGGCAGGAUGGAGGUCCUCACAGACAGUGAAGGCAAAGAUAUUUAUAACUACACCAAGAUAGUUUAUCUGUGUCCUUUUCAAUGGGAGCAAAGCUGGAUCCUUAUUGACAGGUGUGGGAAGCACUUUGGGACCAUUCUGAACUACCUGCGUGAUGGUGCUGUACCUUUGCCUGAGAUCCGGAGAGAGGUCGAAGAGCUCCUGGCAGAGGCCAAGUACUACCUGGUGCAGGGGCUAGCUGACGAGUGCCACGCUGCCUUGGAGAACAAAGAUAUGUAUGAGCCCUUCUGUAAAGUGCCUUUGGUCACAUCCUCAAAGGAAGAACAGAGACUCAUCUCUACCUCCAAGCCCACAGUCAAGCUGUUAUACAACAGGAGCAACAACAAGUACUCUUACACCAGCAACUCCGAUGACAACAUGCUGAAGAACAUUGAGCUGUUUGACAAGCUCUCUCUGCGGUUCAACGGCCGUGUGCUCUUCAUCAAGGACGUGAUCGGGGAUGAGAUCUGCUGCUGGUCGUUCUAUGGGCAGGGCCGUAAGAUCGCUGAGGUGUGCUGCACCUCCAUAGUCUACGCCACAGAGAAGAAACAAACCAAGGUGGAGUUCCCAGAGGCUCGUAUCUAUGAGGAGACCCUUAACAUCCUGCUUUAUGAGUCUCAGGAUGGGCGUGGACCAGACAACGCUCUACUGGAGGCUACAGGAGGCGCUGCAGGCCGAUCCCAUCAUCUGGACGAGGACGAGGAACGGGAACGCAUUGAGAGGGUGCGCCGCAUCCACAUCAAACGUCCCGAUGACCGCACCCACCACCACCAGUAACUAUACCAACCAGCAUUAUCAGGAUCCGCAGACCUCACCAGUGACCAUUACCCAUCACUGAGAUCACACUACCGGUAUACCCACAGGUAAUCUCACAUCAUUGACCACAAGCGACUUCUGUGCUUCUGCACCACAGCCACUAAUGAACUGUUGCUUGUCUGAUAUCAUUCUAAGUAGAACAUGAUUUUAAUGUUCUGUCCCAAAUGACCAUAUCAGUAUUUUCUAAACCGUCAUCUUUUUUUCAGUGAUCAGAAUGUAUUUUACCGCCUUUAUUUCCAUAUGUUUUGUCUUUGUAUGUAUGUAGACAUAUUACUUGUGCCCAGUAGAGAUAUUGUGCCUUAAGUCUGUGGGUGUACGUGCUGCUUACAAUCUUUAUCAUGAUUUACUUUAUCACGUCACUACAACAUUGCUUUGAAGUUCAGGUAUGUGUCACAGUAUAGCUAGUUCAGGUCAAUUGCAGUUAAAGGAUUCUAUACAUUAUGUACAAUGUGGAACAAUACAUUUUCCUACCACAGCAGUUUUAGAUAAAAAAAUAUAAAGUGAUAUGUAAACUGUAUAACAGCAUUUUAUCUUGUGUUUAGAAAUUGGGUGCUUCUAUUUUCUGUAUGUACUCAUUUCGUCCAGCAGAGGGUGUUGUGUACAAAAACACUGAAAGGUGUGAUAUAUUAGGUUGACGUUACCUCUAGAUGGUGAUCUUCGGUCAGUGUUGUAGUUCCCCCACUAAUGAUUAAGGAUUUUUGGAGGGGAAGCUGAUCCUAGAUGUUUGCCUACGGGAACCCUGAAGCGAUAAGUUUACAACCCACCUCUUAAUUGUAAGUGGUAUGAAUAAAGCCACCGUUUAUUCCGUAGUCAAGGAUUCAUGAUCUUUUGACAUCAUGUAUGAAAUCUGGUUUUCUUCUGUGUGAUAAAAAUGGAUGUCAUUGCUGCCUGUUACACAAAUGAUUGGCGGGUGACGUGGUUACAAGACGACACUUGUUUGGAAGAUGGAUCACAGCUGAAGAGACAAAGCAACUCCAGACAUUGCGUAAAAUUGUGACAUUCUUUGCGAUCAUUUCACAUGUACAAGUGUCUUUUGCACUGUAUUUAACACAUUAAAGAUGUUUAUGAAUACUUAG